AUGGCCACAGAAACAGAAAAGGACGUCCAGGAGCCGAAGGUGCCUGGGCAAGCCGUUGACGCAGAUGUCGAAGAUGGAGCCACACCGCAAGCCGGUUUGGCUCGUAACCUUCAAGGGCGUCAUAUGCAGAUGAUCGCUAUCGGCGGUUCUAUCGGUGCUGGUCUCUUCGUCGGUUCUGGUUCUUCCUUGCAAUCUGGUGGUCCGGCUGCAGUGGUUCUUGGCUUCAUCAUUGUAGGCGCCAUGUUACUGUGUACCGUUCAAGCGCUCGGUGAACUUGCUGUCCUGUAUCCCAUCAAUGGUGCUUUCUAUCAAUACGGUGUACGGUUCAUUGAUCCGGCAUGGGGUUUUGCCAUGGGAUGGCAAUACGCGAUCGGCUGGCUCAUUACCCUGCCCUUCGAAAUUAAUGCUGCUGGUCUUACCAUUGAUUUUUGGCACCACUAUAACAUUGGAAUCUGGAUCGCCGUCUUCAUGACUACCCUCAUUAUCGUGCAAUUCUUUGGUGUGAAGGGCUACGGUGAAGUGGAAUUCGUCCUUGGCUUCAUCAAGAUUAUUGCAGUGCUCGGAUUUAUCAUCUUCGGUAUCGUCGUCGACUGUGGUGGCGUGUCUACCGAUGAUCGUGGCUAUAUCGGCUUCCGGUACUGGAACGGGAAAAAUGGCAACCACGCCUUUCGAAAUGGCUUCAAGGGCUUCUGUUCCGUUUUCGUCAACGCUGCGUUUGCUUUUGGCGGGACUGAGAUGGUCGGUCUUGCCGCCGCUGAAGCCGCCGACCCCAGAAAAUCACUCCCAAAGGCUACCAAGCAGGUAUUCUGGCGUAUUGCGGGCUUCUAUGUCAUUUCACUUUUGAUCGUGGGCCUCAUCGUGCCGAACAGUUCGCCAGAUCUCCUCAAUUCAUCCGGAGCCAACACCAAAGCGUCACCUUUCGUCUUGGCGAUCCAGUAUGCUGGCGUCAAAGGGCUUCCCUCGGUGUUCAACGCCGUCAUCACAAUCUCGGUCAUGUCUGUCGCGAACUCGUGCACAUACGGUUCGACUCGCACUAUGCAAGCUCUUGCCCAGUACGGAAUGGCUCCUAAAUUCUUGGCGUAUAUUGACAAGAAGGGGCGUCCCAUUUGGCCCGUCGUCAUACAGAUGUUGUUUGGCCUCUUAGCUUUCAUUGAAGAGGGUACGUCUGGAGCGACCGUUCUCAAUUGGCUUCUGGCUUUGACAGGUCUAUCGUCCUUCUUUGUGUGGGGGUCGAUCUGUCUCAGCCAUAUCCGAUUCCGAACAGCUUGGAAAGCAGCUGGACACACUCUGGAUGAACUGGCCUUCAGGUCUCAACUCGGUGUGUAUGGUUCGUGGGUGGGCUUGUUUCUCGCCUGCAUCAGUCUUGUGGCAACCUUUUACAUCUCGCUCUUUCCAAUCGGAGGUAACCCAGAUGCCGAGGCUUUCUUUGAGAGCUACUUAGCCGCACCGAUUGCCAUUGCCUUGUUCGUCUUUUGGAAGGUCUGGACCAGAGAUUGGAGCUUUGGAGUCAAGAUUAAAGACAUGGACCUGGACACUGGUAGGCGAGACUUUUUAGAUCUCCCACAACCAGAACCAGAGCCUGAAGGGAGACGAGCUAGCCUGCGUAGACUGAGCCAAGCCAUCUUUUGA